UUGGUCCAGCCGCCGGCGGUCCUUCGUGAACCCCUGUCCGCAUGGUUAGCACUUGAUAGGCUUCUUGGCGUCAGGCCAUGGGUUUUGGGGUUCCACUGGGCCAUUCACAGCGUGCAAAAUUCCAUACGAGCCCUGACGCCAUGUCAGCCGCAGAGCAGCCAGAAGGAUGUUGUUGCUCAACAGCGUCUGUUGUAA